CGCCGUCAACAAACUAUCGCUUCUCCAGUGGUCUUUCCAAAACCUCGGCUUGGUGGUACCAGGGCGAGAGCGAGCGGCUCGACGACCGCGUCCUUGACCGGCGAUGAAGGCGGAUAUCGAGAGGGCGUCGGAGGCGCAGUCGGAGGGGGAGGCAGUCGUGCGGCGAUUGGCGAUGACGGCGGAGGAGAUCGCCGCCAUCUCCGACUUCCGGAACGCUUACAGGAAGCCGCUGUGCAGCCUGGCGCGGCGGAUAAGGCUCCUGGAGCCCAUGUUCCACGAGCUCGCCGAUGGGAGAGAUCCGAUCCCGGAGUCGGCGGCGCGGGCCCUGGCGGAGCUCGAGAAGUCGCUCACGGCCGCCAAGGAUCUUCUCUGGCACGGAAGCGUGGGUAGCAAGAUCUUCGUGGUCCUGGAAAGGGAUAACAUGAUGAAAAAAUUUGAGGAUGUAACUACUCAGCUUGAUCAAGCACUUAAUGGGAUUCCUUUUGAUGAACUUGAUAUAUCAGAAGAAGUAAUAGAACAGGUCGAGCUUAUCCAUGCACAGUUUAAAAAAGCCAAAGAACGUGAUGAAAUGCCCGAUGCUGAACUUUACUCCGAUCUCUUAUCUUUGUACAAUAAGAGCAAUGACACCAAUCUAGACCCAUCUACCUUGAGCCGAUUGGCUGAGAACUUGCAGCUAGUUACAAUAUCUGAUCUUAAACAAGAAUCACUAGCUUUGCAUGAGAUGGUCUUUGCAAGUGGAGGUGGAGACCCCGGCGAGAACAUCGAAAAGAUGUCGAUGCUAUUGAAGAAAAUAAAGGAUUUUGUGCAGACACAGAACCCUGAAAUGGGCACCGAGUCAGAUGUGAAGCCUUUUCUUCAAGAUAGAAAGCCAAAAGUCCCUAUUCUUCCUGAUGAAUUCCGUUGUCCGAUAUCUUUGGAAUUGAUGAAGGAUCCAGUCAUUGUUGCUACCGGGCAGACUUAUGAGCGCACAUGCAUCGAAAAAUGGCUGGCCUCCGGACAUGAUACAUGUCCAAAGACUCAACAGAAACUAUCUACUACAUUUCUAACGACGAAUUAUGUCCUCCGAAGCCUCAUAGAACAAUGGUGUGAAGCAAAUGGCGUGGAUCCACCCAAAUGCCCAAUUCAAUCCAAUAAUCCCACACUUGAACAUUCACAUGUAGCUGCACUCCUUCACAAGUUAUCAUCCAGAAAUAUUGACGACCAACAAUCAGCUGCUGGUGAGCUUCGUCUCUUAGCUAAGCGCGAUGCUGAGAACCGAAUUUACAUAGCCAAGGCCGGUGCUAUUCCUCUCCUUGUGAAGCUGCUAUUGUCAACAGAUCCACGCACCCAGGAACAUGCUGUCACUGCUCUUCUGAAUCUGUCCAUCCAUGACAAUAACAAAACAAGCAUAAUCUCUUCAGGCGCUAUACCGCGUAUUGUCCUUGUCCUGAGAAAUGGUAGCAUGGAAGCGAGGGAGAAUGCUGCAGCCGCACUCUUCAGCCUAUCAGUUGUUGAUGAAUAUAAGGUGACAAUUGGGGCCUCAGGCGCGAUCCCAGCAUUGAUCUCGCUUCUGAGCGAAGGCACACGCAGAGGCAAGAAGGAUGCUGCUACUGCAUUGUUUAACCUGUGCAUAUACCAAGGGAACAAGGGGAAGGCAGUGAGGGCUGGCGUGGUUCCACUAAUUAUGGGGCUCUUGAAGGAGCCCUCUGAACCCAUGAAGGACGAAGCCUUAGCAAUAUUAACAUUGCUGUCGAGCCACCCGGAAGGGAAGUCAGCACUUGCAGAUGCACAAGCUGUUCCUCUACUGAUAGAAAUGAUAGAAUGUGGUUCUUCCAGGAACAGAGAGAAUGCAGCAGCUGGCUUGCUCAACCUAUGCGACAACGGAGAGCAUCAGUUCAGUAGCCUUGCGGCAGCACAAUCGUGUGGUGCCAUGGGUCCGCUGCAAGAGCUGGCGAUCAAUGGCACGGAAAGGGGGAAGAGGAAAGCUGUGCAGUUGAUAGAGCGCAUGAGUCUGUUCUUGGUGCAACAGCACGAGGCACAAGCUCUAGCAGAGGCUUCAGAAGGGCCUCCGGACGGCUCCCCUGCUCAUGAACAAAGAGAGUGUGCAACUCCAACUCAGGAUGAUGACCACGGUGAGCAUGUUGGGUUACUGGCUGCAUAUCAUGCCUGUUGAUCAUGCUUAAAACCUAGCCUUUUAUUUAUAACCUUCCAAUAAUUAUGAUAAAUUGUUCAUAAACAUUUGCAUACUUUUUAUGGCAGUGAAAAUAAGAUGCUUAGGUGAAACUCA